CCUAGUUUGGCGGUCUCACCAAGGUCUGUUUCGUAAUUCAGGAGUCUCAAAUGUUAGCAUGCAUCGAAAGAGCCAUAUAUAAUUAGACUGCAACUCCAGGAUGGAUGAAGAGUCAAGAGAAUGGAACAGAAAUUGCUUGAAGCUUCUCUGAUCAGCUGUUGUCCCCGGAGAUUCGACGGAGCUAUGCCGGAGACCUGUGUGCUUCGUAAAGCUUGCCAGGAUUUCGUUAUCUGAACAAAGUGCUAUUGAUCAAGGAGAGACAAAUUAAAAAUAAUUGAUUAAGAAUCUGCAGGUGUACUUGGAAACAAAAAAUGGUGCAGUUAUCUUCUAUAUUCACUGGCUUUACUAAAUCUCUAGCAAUCAGGAAUGGGAAGAAAAGUAAACAUGAUGUCGGAAGGGAAGCUGCGGAUGCACUGGCUAAAGAAGCUAAAAAGAGCGAGAUGAUAUUAACGUCACCUGGCUGUGUAGCUGGUGUCUCUGAGAAUUUGGCAGCUGUUUUCUCCAAAGGAGGGAAGAAGGGUACCAAUCAGGAUAGAUUUAUUGUGUGGGAGGACUUUGGAUGCCAAGAUGACAUGAUCUUCUGUGGGGUGUUUGAUGGGCAUGGUCCUUGGGGUCAUCUUGUAGCUAAAAGAGUCAGAAAACUGAUGCCACCAGCUUUGCUUAUUAAUUGGCAGAAAUGGGUUGCCCACACCGUGGAUGGUACUGAUGGGAUUAAUGGAAUAGAUACUAGUUGUAAUAUCCAGUGUGACAUUUGGAAGCAGUCCUACUUUGAGACUUGCUCCAUCAUCGAUCAAGAGCUCGAGCAGCAUGCUGACUCUUUCUACAGUGGUACCACAGCUUUGACUCUCGUUAGACAGGGUGAUCUGCUGGUAGUAGCAAAUGCUGGAGAUUCUCGAGCUGUACUGGCAACAACAGAUGAUGAUGGUAGAUUGGUACCAGUUCAGCUCACUGUUGACCUCAAACCCAACUUACCUGGUGAAAGCGAGCGAAUAAUGCAGUCAAAAGGUAGGGUGCUGUCAUGCGAGGAUGAACCAGGGGUGUACAGAGUGUGGAUGCCCACAGUUGAAGGACCUGGAUUAGCAAUAUCGAGAGCCUUUGGUGAUUACUACAUAAAAGACUUUGGCCUUAUUUCGGAACCUGAAUUGACAUCCAGAAACAUAACCCAUAGAGAUCAGUUUGCCAUCUUGGCAACAGAUGGGGUUUGGGAUGUAAUGUCUAAUGAAGAAGCAGUGGAGAUAGUAUGUUCAACAGCGGAAAGGGAAGAGGCAGCUAAGAGUCUGGUGGAAAGUGCUAUUUGUGCCUGGAAACGCAAAAGAAGAGGCGUUCCCAUGGAUGAUAUCUCAGCAAUUUGCCUCUUCUUUCAUAACAUUCCUCCUUCCAAACAACAAGCCAAGAUUGUCUAAAAAUCAACAAGCUUACAUCAACUACCACCUGACUUUCAAUUUUCUGCUUUUUUUCUUUUUCCAGUACUGCAUGGUUUGUACAUAAGUUCAUACAUACAUAGGCUCUUCAUGAUUGCUACUAUAUUUCAAUCAGGCAAUGGAAGUGGAAAAUCUUGAAAAUCAAAUCAGCUUCAAAGUAAAGGAAUAUGCGAAGUGUCUUCUUUUCCAGAGUAGAACAAGAUGUAGUCAAUAUUAUUGUGCAAAGUUUAAAAUGAAAAAGAGGAGAUCUUCAUUCUUUACAAA